AUGGAAGAGCCCACACACAAACAUUCUCCACCAUCCACCGGCGACAACGACGUCGUUGACGCCACAGUCGUCCCCACAACGCCACUCCUGGCCUUCCUGGAGCGACUUCAAGAAACGGCGCUCCAGACCCUGGGGAAGAAAGGGUUCGACGCGAAAUACUACAUCGAUGUGUCUCUCAAGUCCGAUCUGUCUUCCGCCCAGAAGGCGUUCGAUGAAUUGCCCAAGAGGAGUCGUCCCAAUGGGAGUGUUGCCGUACCGGUGGAAGAUUUCGAGAAGUUCGUGACGGAGUACUUGGAGCCGGCGGGGAGUGACCUCGUGGCGCACGAGCCGGUGGAUUUUGUGGCUGAGCCUGAUGGGUUCUUGCCCAAAGUGGAGAAUCCGGAGGUGAGGGCGUGGGCGCUGGAAGUUCACUCCUUGUGGAAGAUUCUGAUCAGGAAGGUGUCCGAUGGAGUUGGGGAGCAUCCUGAAAGGCACACUCUGCUUCCCUUGCCGGAGCCAAUGCUGAUUCCUGGUUCCCGGUUCUUGGAGGUUUACUACUGGGAUUCUUACUGGGCAAUCAGGGGACUGAUGGUGAGCAAGAUGUAUGAGACUGCCAAAUCCAUAGUCACCAAUCUCAUAUACCUUUUAGACACAUAUGGCCAUGUUCUGAAUGGUGCAAGGGCCUAUUACACCAACAGAAGUGAGCCUCCACUUCUCAGUGCAAUGGUCUCUGAGAUAUACAACAGGACAGGGGAUCUGGAAUUCGCCAGGAAAUCACUACCGGCGCUGAUCAAAGAGCACAAGUUUUGGACUACCGGUAAACAUAUAGUCACAGUUCAUGAUGCUCAAGGUGCCAAGUACAGCUUAAGCAGGUAUUUUGCUAUGUGGAACAAGCCUAGGCCUGAAUCUGGCACUAUUGAUAAGAAAGCUGCUGCCAAGAUCUCUGAUAAUGGCCCUGGAAAGCAGCUAUUUUACAGGGAAGUGGCUUCAACUGCUGAGUCUGGGUGGGAUUUCAGUACUAGAUGGAUGAGGGAUAUCUCAGACUAUACAACACUGUCCACCACAUCCAUUUUGCCUGUGGAUUUGAAUACUUAUUUGCUCAAGUUGGAACUUGACAUUGCACUCCUGGCAAACGUUACCGGAGAAGAAACUGUUGCAAAAAGCUUCUCAGAAGCAUCUCAAAUAAGAAAGAAGGCUAUAGAAUCUGUGUUCUGGAAUGCUGAGAAGGGGCAGUGGUUUGAUUACUGGCUUAAUGAUGAUGGAUCCUCCUCCAAGGAAUGUCAACCUCACAUAUGUCAAAUUGCCAACCAAAACCAGAAUGCAUUUGCUUCCAACUACGCCCCGCUGUGGAUCGACCUGUUCCAUUCAGACACAGCUUUGGCAGAGCAAGUCACGGCAAGUCUUGAGAGUUCUGGCCUCGUGCUUGCUGCCGGGAUUGCAACUUCCCUAACAAACUCUGGACAGCAAUGGGAUUUCCCAAACGGGUGGCCGCCACUGCAGCACCAGAUAGUGGAAGGACUGGUGCGAUCAGGGUCGGAGAAGGCCAAGGAAUUGGCAGAAGAGAUAGCAGUGAGAUGGAUUAACAGCAACUACGCUGUGUACAAGAAGACAGGGGCCAUGCACGAGAAGCUGGACGUGCGAGCCUGCGGCGAAUUCGGCGGCGGCGGAGAACUGGUUUUGGAUGGUCAAAUGGAGUUGUGUUGGCUUUCCUGGAGGAGUUCGGUUGGCCUCGUGACAGGAAGAUCGGCUGUUGAUUCGUCUGUCUCAGCUUUUCCGGUUAUGAUUGGGUUGCUUGGUGUAGUUAUAUUGGCGUUGCGAGCGGGGGAAGCAAAGAAGGAUUGGCGCACAAGGAAGAAGGUAGCGGUGGUUUGGGCAGACCGACAGAUCCGGCUGUCCGUGGUUCUCUCGUCAGACUUCCCUGGCGGAGUGGCGGUGGAUGGAUCAGGACUCUUCUUCAAGGCGGCCGAGUGGAUAAUGAUGGCGAGAUUUGUGUACACAAAAGUGGCGGGUGCAAUGACCUUCUUCAUGCCUGGGCUUUUGAUGGAGUUUGACUAUCGAAUUGCAGCUGCUGAUGAGGUGUCACUAGUGGCACUUGGGCCUAUUGGGCCGGGACUAUUUUUGUGUUCAUUGUUUUGCAGACCAGCUUCCACCCUCAUCUUCACCAUCACCAUGGCCAACCAUCACCUUCAUUUCCUCUUCCUACUUCUCCUCCCUUCACUGUUCUGGCUUCCGAUAUCCGCCGCUGAAUCGUCCUCCUCGUGCGGCGGCCAUCAGGGACCCGUAGUGCCCAUCACUCCCCUGCUCUCCUUUCUGGUAAGAGUUCAGGAGACGGCGCUGCAAACUCUCGGUGGGCGGAACUUCGACCCCAAAUUCUACGUCGACGUGUCCCUCAGGUUCAAUCUGUCUCACACCCAGAAGGUGUUCGACGAUUUGCCCAGGAGAAGGGAUGGGAGUGUUUCGGUCCAGGAGUUUCAGAGGUUUGUGGCUGGGUACUUGGAGAGUGCUGGGAAUGGUUUAGUUCUGCAUCAGCCGGUGGAUUUUGUGGCGGAGCCUGAGGGGUUCUUGCCAAAGGUGAAGAAUGCCAAGGUCAGGGCUUGGGCGCUGGAAGUUCAUUCCUUGUGGAGGAAUUUGAGCAGGAAGGUGUCUGAUGAGGUCCGGGAAUCCCCUGACUUGCACACUUUGCUUCCCUUGCCGGAGCCGGUGGUCAUUCCUGGCUCGCGUUUCAGGGAGGUGUAUUAUUGGGAUUCUUACUGGGUCAUCAGGGGUCUGCUUGCAAGCAAAAUGUAUGACACUGCCAAAUCCAUAGUGACAAAUCUGAUUUACCUAUUGGAUACAUACGGCCAUGUCCUGAAUGGUGCAAGAUCCUAUUACACUAACAGAAGUCAGCCUCCCCUUCUCAGUGCAAUGGUCUAUGAGAUAUAUAAUAGGACUGGUGACGUUAAGUUUGCUAGGAAGGCGCUGCCUGCACUAAUCAAAGAGCAUGAGUUUUGGACUUCAGGUGAGCACAAAAUCACAGUCCAGGAUGGCCAAGCUGCCAAGCACAGCUUAAGCCGUUAUUAUGCAAAGUGGAACAAACCUAGGCCUGAAUCUGCUACAAUUGACAGGGAUUCUGCUGCCAACAUCUCAGAUUCUUGUGAGAAGCAGGACUUUUACAGGGAAGUGGCAUCAACUGCCGAGUCAGGUUGGGAUUUCAGUACAAGAUGGAUGAGGAAUACUUCGGACUUCACCACACUGUCUACAACAUCCAUUUUACCUGUUGAUUUGAACACUUACCUGCUAAAGUUGGAGCUUGACAUUGCAUUCCUGGCAAAAGCCACUGCGAACCGAACCGUGGCUAGAAGAUUUACGAAGGCCUCUGAAGCAAGAAUCCAGGCUAUAAAAUCUGUUUUCUGGAAUGCGAAGAAAGGACAGUGGUUCGACUACUGGCUUAAUCAUGGAUCCGCGCACAAGUUAUUGUUCAGUUAUGGAUUUGCCUCUAACUUUAUGCACGUUCCAAGACACAGAAAGGAAACCACCAAAACCAGAAUGCAUUUGCCUCUAACUUUGUCCCAUUAUGGAUUGAUCAGUUCCAUUCAGUACAUAUUUCUGAUAACUUUCCUUUGUUGCAUUAACGAACCCAGACAAAGUUUUGGUGGAGCGUGUCCUGAAAAGCUUCAAAAGCUCAGGCCUUAUUCGUGCUACUGGAAUCGCCACUUCCCUAACAAACUCAGGACAACAAUGGUAACUCGGGACUUUCCAAAUGGAUGGGCACCACUGCAGCACGUGGUCGUGGAAGGCCUGGCUAGAUCAGGGUCAAGCAAAGCCAAGGCAUUGGCAGAGGAGAUAGCAGUGAGAUGGAUCAACAGCAACUAUAUUGUGUACAACAACACUGGGGCAAUGCAUGAGAAGCUGGACGUGGAAGCUUGUGGAGAGUUCGGUGGUGGUGGAGAAUACGUUCCUCAGACGGGCUUUGGAUGGACAAAUGGAGUUGUACUGGCAUUUCUGGAGGAGUUUGGGUGGCCUCAAGACAGGAAGUUGGGCUGCUGAUAUCAGAAUUACUAACUCGAAGAAAAAGACUCAGGAAUUGCGAGCUUGUCAUCAGGAUCUUCAUUGGAACUUUACAAAUGUUGUAUUGUUUACAAUAGGUCCUUAUUGUUAUUUAUUCCGUAUUUAAGUGGGGAUACUUUCCUCCAUCAUGGUUCUUUUACGUGAUAAAAGUUAUAUGAAUAAAAAUGUUGUACUGUUGUAUUUUCGAC